CUUGCUUUGGUGACGGCUGCUGCGCAAUAUUUCAUCGUCAGUAAACGAUUCUCGCACACGCUACUCGCACUCUUUCUUGGACUAGGGCAUUUGUACUGCAUUGAUUGCCAUGUCUGGGGAUUCAGACAUCGAAAUGCUCGAUGCUCCGCCUCCAUCUAGUACUAAGGCGAGCAUCAAGAAAUCGAAGAGGUCGAAGAACAGGCCACGGCCAGGAGCCACCGCUGAUCAUCCUAUCACAUUAGUUGAUGAUGAUCCUAUAUCUCUUCAGCGCUCUUGUCCGCCGACGAUACGUCGUAUUACUCCGCCCCCUGAUAAUAAGCGCAAGCUGGAGGCGACGCUCGACCAAGCCCUCAAACGCAAGCAUUGUAGCACACCUUCUGCAUCUGCCGGUCCGUCAUCUAAACGGCCGAAGUCUCAACCUGCCCAAUCCGAGCCGAUUGACUUGACAUUGGAGGAUACGGACACCAACUCGGAUGUUCUCGAAUUACCUGAGCUCGACCAUGGUGCCUUUUCAUGGGAUUAUACUACAAAAGAACAACGGAAGGAGCUCACAGAGCGAGCGGCAGACGAUGAAGAUUAUGACACUUUGUAUGAGUCGAUGCAUCCAUACCAAAGCGCAAACUGGUCAAAUGCCAUUGAGUUAGCUCCAGACGAACGGCUAACAGCAUCCUUCGAUGGCCUCAGCAUCCUUGCUCCUCGACAUUCCCAAAGAAUCAAGGGCACUUUACCUGUUCGCUCACAUACUUGGGCUCUAGGGCUUCCUGGACUUGCUUUCCAGAGGCCGACAGGGGCAUGCAAAUUCGGUCGAUCACAGGGCCAACGGCUUCAUUAUUCAGUACCUCAGUCUAACUCCUUACGGUCGAACAAGGUCGUUAGUCCUAUGGCUGCUCUCUAUGAAGUUCCCCUACAGCUAGCUGUGUCUUUCAACGAGGGAAGCGGACCGGUCAAUCAAAUCACUCAACACGAAGGCAUGAUUGCGAUUGCCAGUGCAACAGAAGACGGGCUCCAAGAGGAAAGUGGUGCAUACCCCAGGAAGGUCAACCCUCACAAUUAUAAGGGAAACCUACGUUUUUGGCACCACAAUAAACUUAUUGUUGUACCAAAGGCGCAUACUGUGCCAAAGAAGGUGAAGGAUUCGUUGGAUGGCAGAACGACCAUAAAUCGAUGGUGUACCGUGAACGAGGUUAAGUUUGACCCGCAUUUGGAAGGCCGUAUAGCAUCCAUCGGUCAUGAUGGAUUGCUGUGUUUCUGGGAUAUAGACGGACAAGAAACCGGCCAUCAUAAGUAUCCCGGAACGCCUGCUCCUGUCCCACACGGGCUUUAUUACCAUCAUCAGAGAAACUUACUUGCGGUCUCGUGCAACGAUGGGUUCAUCCAGAUGCACCGAAACUCCGAGCAAACACCCGCUAUGACACUCAAAGUCAGUCACACGCACCCCACUGGAGCUCUUGAAUGGGGACAUGGCCAGACGGAGGGCUAUCUUUUUGCAUCCACGGAGAAUCCGGAUGAUGAUGACGACACUGGAAUUCAUAAAAUGUUCGAGGUCGAGUCUGGGAAGCUAGUUAGUAGCUUUGGUAUCCACGAUGGCGGCGAUGCCAUGGCCAUUGAUCCACUUGGGAACACAGUUGCUCUAUGCACUAACGGCCAAGAUGGUCACCAAAUUUCUCUCUUUGACAUCUGGUCUCCCUCUAACAAGCGCCGCCAACACUCUGAGAUCAAACUCGUAAAACCUCGACGUCAAACUCAGCUCGAAGAAUUCGUCUUCCCUGAUGAGUCUUUGAUACCCUACACUGAUGAUAAGCCGUCUCCUUGUCCAGAAGUGACCUCGAUGUCAUUCAGUCCGGACGGGAUAUUGAUUAUGGUCGCGCGGAACGACAAUGAAAUGCACGUUUACGACUCGAGGUUUCUGGGAGAAGGAGAGAAUGCGAAGCCGUUGAUGUAUGUGCAUGAUGGGGAUGAUAAGACGAUGGGCAUAGCUAGGUAUGGGGUUCAUGGGGCGCAGUGGGUGGAGGGCUGGGGUGGUUUAGGUCUCGGUAUCGUGAGCGGUGGUCAGGAUGGUUGCGUGACCCUAUGGGACGUGAAGAAAGCGGGAGACGACCUGACCAAUCGACAAGUGCUUGCGCAGCUUGAUUCAGACAUCGCGCAUUUCUCGAUUGGAGAUGAGUAUAAAGGCGAGAAGCCUUUAGUGGUUGGCGACAGUCGCGGCAGCGUUUACCUCUAUGACCGCACUGGUCGUCUAGAGAAUCUGGAGCCCUAAGAUUUUCGACAGUGCAGCUUUUGUUUGGUUCUUCCUCGUAUUUGACUUAUAUCUGCCUUGCCUUGACCUUUUAUCAUGUCUUUUGAUUAUAUUGCUUCCUUUAUGCACUUAAGAAACCUUUUCGCCCUCUCUUAUCCUCGAGCAUCUCAGCCCGUCUUCGAUCCUUGUCCGCCGUUAGCUUUUUAUGAU